AUGGUUUCUCACUCAGAAGACAAGGUUCCUCACUCUGAGGACAAGGUUCCUCACCCUGAGGAAAACGUCCUCACACUGAGGAUAAGGCUCCUCGCUCUGAGGACAAGGUUCCUCACUUUGAGGUCAAGGUUCCUCAUUCUGAGGACAAGGUUCCUCACACUGAGGACAAGGCUCCUCACUCUAAAAACAAGGUUCCUCACCCUGAGAACAAGGUUCCUCAAUCUGAGGACAAUGUUCCUCACUCUGAGGACAAGGGUCCUCACUCUGAGGACAAGGUUUCUCACUCUGAAGACAGGUUCCUGACUCUGAGGACAAGGUUCAUCACUCUGAGGACAAGGUUCCUCAUUCUGAAAACAAGGUUCCUCACUCUGAGAACAAGUUUCCUCACUCUGAGAACAAGGUUCCUCACUCUGAGAACAAGGGUUCCACAAUAUGCGGACAAGGUUCCUCACACUGAGGACAUGGUUCCUCACCCUGAGAAAAAUGUUCCUCACCUUGAUAACAAGGUUGCUAACUCUGAGGACAAGGUUCUUCACUCUGAGGGCAAGGUUUCUCACACUGAGGACAAGGUUCCUCACUCUGAGGACAAGGUUCUUCACUCUGAGGACAAGGUUCCUCACUCUGCGGACAAGGUUCCGUCCUCUGAAGGCAGGUUCCUCAGACUGAGGACAAGUUUCCUCACUCUGAAAGCAGGUUCCUCAAUCUGAGGACAAGGUUCAUCACUGUGAGGACAAGGUUCCUCACUCUGAGGACGACGUGCUUCACAGUGAGGACAAGGUUCCUCACGCUGAGAACAAGGUUCGUCAUUAUGAGGACAAGGUUCCUCACUCUGCGGACAAGUUUCCUCACACUGAGGACAAGGUUCCUCACUCUGAGGACAAGGUUCUUCACACUGAGGACAAGUUUCCUCAGACUGAGGAGAAGGUUCCUCACUCUGAGAACAAGGUUCCUCACACUGAGGACAAAGUUCCUCACAAUAAGGACAAGGUUCCUCACUCUGAAAAUAAGGUUCCUCACUCUGAGAACAAGGGUCUUCACUCUGAGAACAAGGGUUCCACAAUCUGA